AUGGGGGCUUCCGUGCAGAGGCCAAAUAUGGCUUUGGCACGACGAGCGGGCUCCUCUGUGGAGCCCGCUCAAAUGUCGGCCAUUGUGCCGUUCCUCUUCUUGGUUCACGCGGAGAUGCAAGCGUUUACUAUUUUUGCUUUGUACGUUGCUCUAUCUCAGAGCAUCCAGUUUUCCUCUGCUGUUACGCCUGCGAAUUAUUCUGCGACGUCAACGACAGCCCACGGACAACAAACGACGCGUGAUAAACAAGACAGCUCAUCGUCAAGCAACACAACUAACUCGGAAUUAUCAUCAUCGGCGAGUAAAUCUGUGGCUAAUUCGAAUACGAAUAGGAUUACGAAAACGCAUACGCAACAGCCAAGUCUAACCUGGUCAGCUAACACCGAGUUGAAGCUCGCCGCAUUGCAAUCUGAAAUUGAAUUGCAGUGUAUUGAUACCAAUCCCGAAACUUACCAACACAGACAACAACGUAGAGAACCCCCGAGCGAAUUUACAAAAACAACGAGCAGUCCAGCGAAUACGAUCUUAUUGGAGGCAGCAAUACCGUUUCCCACAACCAUCAACGAGUCUCUUGUAUUGCCACAAGAAGUUUACAAUUAUCAGAUACCAACAAUCAUUAUGCAACAAUAUCAUCCCUACCGUAUCGCUCCUGUGUACAACUACAGGCCGGCGGCGCCAGUUCCCAAAGCUCAUCAGCACUCAUCCGGGUAUAGUUUCUGUCUGAAGUGCCCGCCUGUUGUGGUCGGUGUUCCAGUCCCAGGGGAGCUUCGUACCACAACCGUCGUAAGACGAGGUCACCACGAAUUGUCCCGUGAUUUGCAAAACAAGGAAGCUGCGAAGAAGAAUAGAGGACGAGCAAAGGCUUACAGUGACUAUCUGGAGCGAGUAGCCCAUCGGCUGUCCUGGGAGAAUAGAUGCCGUGAACAGCGUUUGUACACGGCGAAGGUGCGCAGCAAACAGCUAGAGGCGGAAACACAGGAGCUCAUGAAUGCGCUGAGGUCUGCGAUCCAGGCUAAAGAAGCAAUCGAGUUGGAAGCACUGCUCGCGUUCGAGGUGUCACCUGCUUCGACUGUCAUGGCAUCUGCCGAGUCAACCCCCGCACAACCGGUGACAACGGCGUCACGUGGUGUACUGCCGAUGCAGACGUUUGCUUGGGCACAAUCGAUGGCUGUGGAUUCCGAUCCGAACAUAGCAGCUUUAGAACUUUUACCAGAUUUCUCGACACUUCCUAUGUCUUAUAGGUGA